AACGUUAAACUUCAAUUAAAAAAAUCAAUUCAUCAAAUUCUAAUUCAUGCUUUUAUCGUUUCUGUUAUUUAUUUUAAUAAUUUUUUGUGAUAUCGAAACUAAAAAAGUUGCUAGAAGACACGUUCCUAAUUGCGUUGAACCAUUAGAACCCGAAGAAGUUUAUAACUUAGAAGGAUGGAUCGGGCAAUUACACUUACAACAAUGUACCUUUGUGGCUAUGGGGGAGAAUUUUUUCGGUAUAUUUUUAGAAAAAUUUCCAAGAGUCUACGAUGAAAACCAAGAAAUAAAAGAAUACUUUUUAGGAAUUUGCGAUUAUAAAACAUUAAAAAAAUGGAAUUUAUGCCCGUUGGCUUUAGAAGCGAAGCGAAAAGAAGAUUGUGCUUUUCACGAGGAUAGUCAAGAAUCGCCGAGGGUUCAUCGGAGAUUAUGCGAAUUAUCUGAUAUCACACAAUUUGGCGAACACUGUAAUUGCGAUUCGACGCUUCGUGGGGAUCCACUUUUGCAAGUUGUUGGUUUUCCGACUUGUUUUCGUUCCGAAAUUACGGAAACCGUUUGUGGUUACAACAACGUUUGCGGAUUAAACACGUGUACGAUGAAUAUGGUUUCUAAUAGGGUUUAUAUGGUUAAAUGCGAUGAGAAUUGUUUUGGACAUAAACCGUUUUGUGAAGAUCCCGAAUGGGAAACUGGUAAUGUAAGGGAAAUUAAUUCAUUUUGGACUGAUUGGAGUGAAGCUAAAUGUGCUGAUAGUGAUUGUAUGGCUCAAUAUAAUGAAGCUAAUUGUAUCAAUAAGGACACGGGGUUAGGUGAUGUAGAUUGUUUAGGCCCGGGUUCAAGUUGUUGCGCAGGUGAUUUAGUUGAUUGUAAGUGCCACGUUUUUAACGAAGAAGGGAUGUCUAAAGUAAUCCGAACAUUUACGGUUCCCUUAGAACAAGAAUACGAUGAAUUAUCUUUAGAUGAGAUAAUAAAAAAUCUCCCCGUUAAAAACGAACACCGGCAAUACAAAUCCAAAGAAAAAUCUAAAACCAAACAAAAAGUAUCUCGUCGCGAGUCUCUUUCGUUUCCUCUUACCUACGACGAUUCGUAUCAACAUGCCUAUAAUAUUAAGUUGAUUAAAGACGAUAUUCACGCGAAAGUUAAAAAUCGCGAGGAACAAAACAACGAGAGAGAAUGGAUCCACAAAAAGCUUGGAAAUUAUACGAAAAAUAUUCGUCCCGAAAAUUUGGUUGAGCCUAAAAAAAUUAAUCGAGAUCAGCUGGGUAAGAAAAAGAAGGGAAGAGGACAAACCGGAAGAGUAUUCCGACGAUGACGUCAGCGACGAGGAAAUCCAACGUCUUGAAACUGAUGACGAAGACAAUGAGGAUGAUAUUAAAAUCGAGGGUGAUGAUAUUACGACGACAACGACCCUAAAAGACGACCAAGACGAAGAUGGCGCUACAAAAGAACCCGUAUCGAAGGAGAUGAGGCCGCACAAGAACGGAACUGCUUUCGUAGAAGAAAGCAACGUUACUCUUAGCGGACUUAGCGCAGAUUCAAAAGCAACCCGAUUCUUUUUUCCUUUUUCGUCGUUCAUUUUCUAUCUUUUCUACUUUAUAAUUUUACCGUGCUCGUAAAUAAAUAGGUUCUUAAUAUC